AUGCUCGACGCGCACGGCGUCUCGAGCCUGCGCUUCGACGGCGACGUAAGGGCGGACGAGCGCGGCGCGGUCCUCGACGACUUCCGCGCCGGCGGCGCCGACGUGCUCCUCGCGACGGUCCACAGCGGCGGCACGGGCCUCAACAUCACGCGCGCGACGACGGUCGUCUUCACGGACCGCUGGUUCAACCCCCAGGUCCACGAGCAGGCCGUGGACCGCUGCCACCGCAUCGGCCAGACCAAGCCCGUGGCCGCGGCCUUCUACGACGCGGCGCUGACCAUCGACGACUGCAUGCGCCACGUCAACGACAUCAAGCUCGACAACGCGACUGUGUGCCUCGCGGACGGCACGGGCAUCGGCGUCGCGAACACGGCGAGCAUCUACAAGGACGUCGAGGGCGUCAUCGGCGCGAAGAUGCGCGAGCUCGCCGACGCCCUCGCCGUCGCCCACGGCGGCGCGCCGCCGGCCGCCGCGCCGCCGCCGUCCGGGGCCACGCCGAAGAAGACGAAGCGCCGCGCGGCGAAGGUCGAGGAGCCGAGCGACGACGACGACGACGGGCCGGCGCCCCACCGGGGCGGCCAGCGCCCCGCCAACGACGGCGGCUGCGUCGUCGCGUGA